UGGUUGGAGCAGAGAUCGGUGAUAUCAACUGCAAAACCUAUCCUAGAGAAGGCCAUUGAAGAUCUCGUGAGCGAGGGCCUUCCCUCUAAUGUCUUAACCAUUGCGGACUUGGGUUGCGCCUUCGGUCCUAAUACGUUCACAGUGAUCACUACGAUCAAACGAAAAGUAGAGAAAAGGUGUAACGAAUUAGGUGUAAAGCAGCCAGAGCUUCAAGUUUACUUAAAUGAUCUUCCUGGAAAUGAUUUCAACUCAACGUUCAAGUUCUUUUUUGAAAAUUAUCAACAACUUGAAGGAGAAAGGGUCGUCGAGGAUGGUAAGAAGUGUUUCAUUGCAGGUGCUCCUAGCUCCUUCUACGAGAGACUGUUCCCCUUAAAUAGUUUACACCUUGUCCAUUCUUGCUACAGUGCCCACUGGCUCUCUCGGGUAAUUCCACCAGGGCUCACAAGUGAAGUAGGUAUUCCAAUAAACAAGGGGAAAAUCUACAUCUCUAAUACUAGCCCCCCUCCCGUUAGCAAAGCUUACCUGGAACAAUUUCAAGAGGAUUUUACUUCAUUCAUCAAGUUCAGAUCAAAAGAGUUGAUCCCCAACGCUCGUAUGGUCUUGAUACUUCAUGGUAGACAAGGCGGCGACCCUCAUCGCCUACCUGUGAUUAUUGGGAACUAUUAUCGAGGCCCUCAUAGCGAUGGUUUCGGAGAGGUAGUACUACUACUUACCAAUAAUUAG